AUGGCACAAACUCAGAGAACCCGUUAUUUAAAGACGGGCGCCAUUGUGGCAGCCCUGUUGCUGAUGUUGCUUUGGAUUUCUCCGUCAAGACCUAUGCGCCCGAGCUUUCCUCAAGGACGACCAAGCACCAGUGCUCCCGCCAAAGAAAAGUGUUCAAAGCCCCAUGAUCCCAAAAAGCCAUUGAUUCAGUAUGCUCUUAUGAUUGAUGCCGGAAGCCAAGGGUCUCGAAUUCACGUCUAUCGAUUCAACAACUGCGGCCCCUCCCCCGAACUUGAAGACGAAGUGUUUUUCCAGACUGAGCCGAAGAAGGGCGGCUCCGGGCUGAGUUCUUACAAAGAGGAUGCUGAAGGAGCAGCCAAAAGCCUUGAUCCCCUCAUGGAGGUUGCAAUGAAGAAUGUUCCUGAUGAAUACAAGUCUUGCUCGCCAAUUGCUGUAAAGGCCACAGCCGGAUUGCGCAUGCUUGGCCCGGAAAUGAGCCAGAAGAUCUUGGACGCAGUACGGACUCGACUCGAGACUGUUUACCCGUUCCCUGUGGUGUCCAAAGAGAAGGGAGGGGUGGAAAUCAUGGAUGGCUCUGACGAGGGUGUCUAUGCCUGGAUCACAACGAAUUACCUUCUCGGAAAGAUUGGCGGUCCUGACGAAACACCUACUGCCGCAGUCUUUGACCUUGGUGGAGGUUCUACCCAGAUCGUUUUCCAGCCCACAUUUCCGAAGAGCAAGUCAGGCGGCAUGCCGGAGCGCUUGUCCGAAGGUGACCACAAGUACGAUCUCCAGUUCGGUGGCCGCCAUUUCGAGCUGUAUCAGCAUUCUCACCUUGGCUACGGUCUCAUGGCUGCGCGCAAAGCCGUUCACACAUCCAUCGUUGAGAAUAUGCUCGCGUCGAGUCCCAAAGACUUGUCCUGGCUUAAGCAGCCAAUCCCUAACCCUUGUAUCGGGCCCGAGAUGGAGAAGAAUGUCACUUUGGAAUUUCCGGAAGGACACAAGCUCGCUCCAGAAGUGCAGGUUACAAUGGCUGGUCCUAAGGUAGGGUCUACCGCCGCUCAAUGUCGUGGUCUUGCAGAGAAGACUCUGAACAAGGAGGCUGCAUGCACCCUUGCUCCUUGCUCCUUCAACGGCGUCCACCAGCCUUCGCUUGAGAAGACAUUUGCCAGGGAAGACGUAUAUAUCUUCUCUUACUUCUACGACCGUACCAAGCCUCUGGGCAUGCCUGACUCGUUCACUUUGGAUGAAUUGCAUCAGCUUACGUCGACCGUUUGUGGUGGCGAAGAUAGCUGGGGCAUCUUUGCAGGCAUCGAAGGUGCCCUGAAAGAGCUUCGUGAUCGGCCCGAGUGGUGCCUGGAUUUGAACUUCAUGAUGAGUCUGCUGCACACUGGCUAUGAAAUGCCCCUCACUCGCGAGGUGAAGAUUGCCAAGAAGAUUAAGAACAGAGAACUCGGAUGGUGUCUCGGUGCAAGUCUGCCCCUUUUGAGCCAAGAAUCUGGCUGGACUUGCCGUAUCAAGGAAGUCUCAUAA